GAAACUGUCUGUAUAAAUAAGCCUGUUGUGCAAAAACUCAGUCACAUGCUUCACGAGGAUAGUCAGCUCAUAUUCGUACCACUUCUUUUCUAUGGGCUAUUAGGGUCGUUAGCAUAAUGUCACACCGUGAAAACACGGGAAGUUAUCACUUGUGAAGGAGGAAACCAUUUCGCAACGUUCAGUUCAGCACGUACACCUCCGGAAACGUCAAACAGACAUUUAAAGUGACCGAUCUCCAGGAACUAAUUCGCACUUUGCUGGCGCACACCAACAGCUUGGUUUAUUGGUCAAGAGCAGCAAAGUGUCAGCUUAUGACGCAGCCGGAGCACCUAUCCGCGAGUGGGACACUGACACCUGACGGCUUCAUCUAUUGACUCGCCGGUCUUCCCCAUCACGACCACUCCGGUUCUGCAGUGCAGGGACUGCUGCGUUUUAUGGAAGCGGAGUCUGAGCAUCCUGCCGUGGUCAUGCUGCCCCCAAAGAAUUGCCUGCCGAGGAACUACAGCUGCAUAGCUGGACUGUUCGGUAGCCUGGCAGCGGCAAACCCACGGCUUGAAGAUGGAGAAGAUUUUGACUUGAUGAACGGUACUUGCGAGCCCGUCGAGAGCCCGGUGGUGGACGAGAGACCACGGGGUAGAGAGACCUUCCUGAAACCUCCACAGAGUCCAAGCCUGCGCCGGAGGUGCAAGUCGCUCCCCACACCUACAGAAAGAGCAAAGUUAGAGAUCGCUCGCAACAGAAGUCCAACGAGUCAGAAAAAAGUCCGGUUUGCCGACUCACUGGGUCUGGAGCUCAUCUCGGUGAAACAUUUCGAUGAUACAGAUGAGCCAGAGGUGCCGGAGCGCAUAUUGGCCAAACUACCCAAGGGACCCCUCCACGCUAAUGAUUUGGCCACGAAAUUCCCCCGGGCUCCCACACAGUCUGUGUUUAUGGAACUGCAGUUCGCCAACCCGGGCACACUACCUGGCUUUGAGCAGAAAGUGAGGGAGGUGAAAGUCAUGUUGGAGAGCGUUGAAACAGACGAUUUCAGCCUCUCGGGGUUUGUGCGCGUCUUGAAUCUGGCUUUCGAAAAGAGCGUCUCUUUACGGUAUUCCCUAAACAACUGGAUAACAUUUAUGGACAGUUUGGCAUCAUAUGUUCCUAACUCAAGCGACGGUGACACCGACAAGUUUUCUUUCAAAAUCGUCAUGCCUACAUACCUCGAGAACGGAGGCACCUUGCAGUUUGCGAUUAAAUACUGUGUCGACGGGGAAGAGUUCUGGGACAAUAAUAACGGGAUCAACUACAAAGUGCGGCGUCACAGGUUCAAGAUGUCCCCGCCACGGGAAUGGGAGAAUGGAUGGAUUCACUUUAUCUGAGCUUUGCCGUCUGCAGUGGCACACUACGUGCGUAAUUUGUGCGUAAAUUGAUCCCCGGGUACCUUAAUUAUGACUAUAGCCUGUUAAUGGUUAUUUUAUUUCUGCCAUUGUCAGCUACACACAUGCUGUGACACAGAAAAUUAUUUCCUACAUUAUUUAAAAUAUUUGUCCCCUUGUGGUAACAGAUUGGAGUCUAUAAGCUUUUGAUAGGUGCCGGGCGAGGGAUGCUGUUAGAUAAUUUGCCUUGAUGUCAGGGCUCUGUACAGCAUGGUGCCCUUUGGGAGGGCAUGUUCAUGUUAUGUAAUGUAGAAACACGUGCCACGGAAAACGUGCCGGGCGAUGCCGACGUCAGGCAUCACUGUUCCUUUCAGGAGAUGGUGUAAAUUUAUUUUGGGAUAUGGUGUUGUUAAAAUGAUCAGUUUGUUUUGCAUGUGUGCAAAAAUAUUGGCUCUAGAGGCAGACAGCAUUUCCUCUUGGCUGAUGUGCAUGCCAAGAGAACCAAGUAGCAUACUCCUCUGGUGGUCUCCUGCAGGCUGGGGGAAACAUAAAGACAAUACCUUGCACACAAUGUCUUACAGAGUUGACAGACAGAAAAAAAAAGAAAUUAAAAAAAUUCGAUCUAUAAUUUUCCACUGUCAUGCCAUUGAAAAAUGCCUUAUAAGCCAUGUGGAAAGUUGUGCAUUGAAUGCUGUAUAUUUUCUUCAUCCAGCGCGAAUAGACAAAAUGCAUUACAUGAUUAUCUUCAUUAAACUUACUGUUUCAAAUAGGCUUGUGGGCACUGAGGAUUAGUUAGUGUCCAUGUACAUGUGGGCUUCCAAUGCAGGGACAGCAUUAACCUGCCUUUUAGCCAUAUACUUACACCCAAUCAACACCCAUGGCAUGCAUUACUGUAAAGUGAUUAAGUAUUUUUGCCAAAUUAAACAAACAUGACUUCCACAAGGAGGCCUAAGCAAUGUCAAGUCCAAAGACAAUGAUUCAGAAAAUGUCCCCCAAAUUAAAACUGGAUUAUGCAUAUUCCACUGAAUCAUAGAGGCUAUAUUUAUAAAGCAUGGACUUCAUAACUCUCAUACUUCACUGUGAUAAGAAGUUUUUUUUUUUUUCUGGAUUGAAGUCCUUGAUCGCAGUCGUGUAAUAUAAAUUAACUAGCUGAUUGCCAGGUUAAAUUUACCUCAGAUUACUUGUGGACCUUUUCUCUUCUUAUUCAGGGCAUCAUAUUUUGACAGCAUUUUUAAACAGAUACAUUUAAAUGGAAGAGUAUUAUUGUACAUUUUCGAAUUCAAAACCUUUUUUUUCAUUUCCAAUGUUCUUGAUUGCACUGUGUAACUCAGUUUUUCAUUGAGCACACCUUGUCUGUAGAAAAGUAGCAAUUACACCUAUGACUGUGUUUAACCAGCUUCUGCCACUGUAAAGGGUACAUGAUAACAUCUUCAGUCGACACUGUGCAAAAAUAGCGCUGCUGCUCACACCCCACAUGACCAAAAUGGUUUGAACCGCCUGACUGGCCAAUUAAGCUACAGUAUAUCCAGCCGUAGAUGGCAAACUGAUAUUGGAUUACAUCAUUUCUAUACCAUAAGCCUUUACUGGUGUUACACAACCAGCCAACAGCUAACUUUACAUCCGUACGUUUGUAAUCAAUUCAGUGGCGUGCAGUUUUCAAAACCUGCUCCAGAUCAUUUGUAAUCAUGUACUCAGUCUUCAUGGCAAACAGCUUUGCAUGUCGUAGGCAAGUGAGUUUAUUUAAAUGCAGUUCUUAGUCAUGCUUUUUCCAGUGUUAUGAUAUCAUCAAUGUUUGUGGGUGCGUGGAAAGUCGGGCAGCAAGAAGAGGAACAACAGACAUUUAAUUCCAGGGCUCUGACUGUAAUCUGAACAUCACUUUGGCCUUUGUUUACAUCAUCACGGCCUCAGAGGGAAGCUCUCCAUUUAAUGAGGCCAUCAGGCCUGGAUGCGGAUAAAGACUAUUCCUGUAACCAUUUAGUUUUUUAGAGCAGUUCCACUGGGAAGCCGUCAGUCAUGUUUGUCUCUAAAUCUGACAUGGUUUGUGUUGGGAUUGCAAUGCUGAAAUAUGAGACGGCUAGCACUGAGGUGACAUUUGCUACCACUAGUAGCUUAGCUUCAUCAUGUACAGAGCUGCAUUUUUCUCAUCUGUUUAUUCAAAUAUUCUGUGGAUAUAAAAAAAAAAAAGUCUGGCCAUGGCAGAGUUUGCUGCGUGUUAUGAUGUUUAAUCAGUGGGUAUGUGCAUAUUGUCUGCUUUGGUCUAUGUAAACUUCAAGCAUCCAUGCAGUGCAAUACCAGAGAGCAUUAAUUAUCCAAGCUAAGAAUACUGAUGUGGGUACAGAGAGAUGCAUCAAUACCAAUUAAGCACUGCCAGUACAGAUUUUGAUUUCUAGAUUAAAUGUUUGGCUGCCCUGACCGUAUUUGCUUUGUUAAAUUAACAAUAUAAUCUGUGAUAUUGCUUGACACAAAUAUAAAUAUGAUGUCCUUUACACGUAACUCUUUGGUUUAAGAUUCAGCAAGUGUGAUAAAGAUAAGAUACCAGUGCUCAGCUUUAAGCCUGCUAUCUCCCACUCUGCUGUUGUUAUUGAUGCAUCCCUAACAUAAAGGAAAUGAAGGGCUUCUGGUCUGCUUAGAUUUUCUCAAUGUACACAUAACAUGUUGCAUCAGAACCCACUGAUAUAUAAAUAUGUAUGUAAAUGUGUUAAUGUUUCAUAUUGAAUGUCUUCCUAUACUGUUCUAUGUUAUGUGUAUUUUGAAUCAUUUUGAAAGCAGAACUGAGAGAUGUGAGUUGGUUAAAGUUUGUUAUCUGAUGAUCCUGUAAAGUUGGAUGUUAACAUAUUAGCCCAAACUCAAUGAUUGCCUAAAAGCACACUUACAAAAUCAAAUAUUUCUUUGAAAUAUUUUAAAACAAGGCUGAUGAUAGAAUUGGAAAUACCACUAAUUGUGAUAUUUUGUCUCAACACAAUGUUUUAUAUAAAGAUAAUAUAUUGCGGACUUCUCCCUUGUACCAAAAUGUGAACAGUGUAUCUGAAUGAAAUGAAUACAUUGGAAACCUUGUGCACAACUGCAAGUGUACACCGCCUUAAUAAAGCUUAAGUUUACUUAGAGACAUGAAACAGAGGUGGAAGGUGGCAAGUGCUUGUUUGUUAACAAAAUGUGUUUGCAGAAGGAUGAAAACGGGUGGACAAUGACGCGGGACAUAACUGUGCAAGAUAAAUAACAUCAAAUGCACUUUGAUGUGUGAUGACUUGUGGUGUGAGCGACUUAUGAUUGUAGCUGAUACUGAGAGACCUCAGUCGAAGCAGGUCUAAUGCACUUUGAGUGAGAACAAGGAAAUGGGCAGAUUUGAAAGUCACUAUAUACACGAAAGCAUCUACUGUGAAUAGCUACUAACCAAUAUGUUUUACUUUCUUUAUCAUAUUUUACUGUUCUCUCACUGAGGAAAGCCUCAAUCACUGUUUGAUUUAUAACCAUUGUAAGUCACUGAUGUUUUUUCUUGGUUUGCUCUCUAGUCAGUGAGUUUUUUUUAUGUAAAUCAUAUGCAUCCCUUUUUGUGUUGUGACAUCUGCAGUCAUCUGACUGUGUUAAUCUAUACUGUGUGCUGUUAUGUUAGCCAUGUUUGCAUGAACAGCUGAAACAUACAUUGAUUUCUAUGUUUAGUUUUCCAUUUAACCUGUAUUUUGUUAAAACAAUGGUUAAUAAAAAUUAUUUGUGA